AUGUCAGGCCAGAAUACUGGUCAUGGGAACCACCACAAUCAUCACCACCACCAUCAUCAUGGCUCGCACCAGCAGGAGCAGCGUAUUGGCAAGUAUCAAAUCAUCAAAACCCUGGGCGAGGGCUCAUUUGGUAAAGUGAAACUGGCUUAUCACGUCACAACGGGCCAGAAAGUGGCGCUUAAAAUCAUCAACAAGAAAGUGUUGGCCAAAAGCGACAUGCAGGGCCGUAUUGAGCGGGAAAUUUCGUACUUGCGGCUGCUGAGACAUCCACACAUCAUUAAACUCUACGAUGUGAUUAAAUCCAAAGACGAGAUCGUGAUGGUGAUCGAAUACGCCGGCAACGAGCUCUUCGACUACAUUGUGCAGCGGGACAAAAUGAGCGAGAACGAAGCCCGUCGCUUUUUCCAGCAGAUUAUCAGUGCCGUGGAGUACUGUCAUCGCCAUAAGAUCGUGCAUCGAGACCUCAAACCGGAAAACUUGCUUCUUGACGAGCACCUGAACGUCAAAAUCGCAGACUUUGGCUUGUCGAACAUCAUGACAGAUGGUAACUUUCUCAGGACGUCGUGUGGCUCGCCCAACUAUGCUGCCCCAGAGGUCAUUAGUGGGAAACUGUACGCUGGGCCAGAGGUAGACGUGUGGUCUUCCGGUGUAAUACUGUACGUGAUGCUGUGUCGUCGUCUGCCGUUCGACGACGAAAGCAUACCGGUGCUUUUCAAAAACAUCAGCAACGGUAUCUACACGCUGCCCAAGUUUCUGUCGCCAGGUGCGUCCAAUUUGAUCAAACGUAUGCUUAUUGUGAACCCGUUGAACAGAAUCACAAUUCAUGAAAUUAUGCAAGACGAAUGGUUCCGGGUGGACAUGUCGGACUAUUUGUUGCCCGUGGACCUGAGGGCCGAGAACGACGCUCAUCACGACGGCGAAGACCAUGGGCAAGGCGACGAGGAUGAAGAGGUCGAUGACUCUUUGGUGACGAUACUUACGAAAACCAUGGGCUACGACCGCGACGAAAUCUACGAGGCCUUGGAGUCUGAGGAGGACAACCCUGCGUUGAAGGAAAUUAGAGACGCUUACUCAUUGAUCAAAGAAAAUAAGUCUUUGAUCGACGACCUGAAAAACAACAGGGACCAGAGCAACGAGCUCGACACUUUUCUGUCACAGUCGCCUCCGACCUACGACCAAAAACCACAACGACCAUCUGUGGGCUCCGCUUCGCAGAGAUCCCGCAAUCACCGCCACGUUAAGAAAAGCCAGCAACGCACGUACCAGUCGCCAUUCAUCGACCAGGAAAAGGACGAAGACAGCACAAUAGCCAUUUUGCCCAGCUCCUUGCCGCAGAUGCAUCGCGCAAACAUGCUAGCAGAGGGCUCUCCUGCGGCUACCAAGAUCUCGCCGCUUAGCACCAAAAAGUCGAAAACCAGGUGGCAUUUCGGCAUCAGGUCUCGUUCUUAUCCGCUGGACGUGAUGGGCGAAAUCUACAUUGCCUUGAAGAACCUAGGUGCCCAAUGGGCUAAACCUUCUGAAGACGACCUAUGGACCAUCCGAGUGAGGUGGAAAUACGAUAUGAAGCAACCUGCGAACGAAAAGAUUCCUGAUCUCAUGAAAAUGGUCAUUCAGCUGUUCCAGAUCGAGGCCAACAAUUAUCUCGUGGAUUUCAAGUUCGAUGGAUGGGAGAACAGUUACGGCGAGUCCACUCCUGCGGCCAACGAAGAUGAAAUGAGCACAUUUUCCGCUUACCCAUUUCUGCAUUUGACCACAAAACUCAUCAUGGAGCUAGCAGUCAAUAGCCAAGGCGGCUGA